AACGUGCUGAAGGAGGACGCCCGCGGCAGCGUGGUGCUGGGCCAGGUCGACGUCCAGCUGGCACCCUACGUCAUCGACCUCCAGUCCAUGCACCAGUUCCGGCAGGACACAGGGACCAUGCGCCCCGUACGGAGGAACUUCUACGACCCGUCCUCGGCGCCGGGGAAGGGCAUCGUGUGGGAGUGGGAGAACGACAACAGCUCCUGGACGCCCUACGACAUGGACAUCUGCAUCACCAUCCAGAACGCCUAUGAGAAGCAGCACCCCUGGCUGGACCUCUCCUCCCUGGGCUUCUGCUACCUCAUCUACUUCAGCAGCAUGUCCCAGAUGAACCGGCAAACCCAACGCAAGCGCCGGCUGCGGCGUCGCAUGGACCUGGCGUACCCCCUCACCAUGGGCUCUAUCCCCAAGUCGCAGUCGUGGCCGGUGGGCGCCAGCACGGGGACCCCCUGCUCCUGCCCGCAGUGCCUGCUGGUCAACAGCACCCGCGCC